GUAACUGCUGGCUGCUUCCGCCUUUCUGUGCCGGAGCGUGUGUGAAGCGACAUGGAAGAAAGCGGCGCCGAGGAGAGGCUUGUGGGGCCCCCCGACACGGUGGAAAUGGCGCAAGCCGAGGAGGGCUUCGUGAGUGUCCGCAGGCGGAAGAGGCGAGCAGGCGAGCAGCGGGAGGCUCCCAUGGAGACCGGCGGCGGACCUCUGCCCAGGAAGCGGCCCAGCUUCCCGCCCCUAGGCGCGGACGGCCUCGGGGGUGGAAAAGGUGAAAUGAGGAAAAUUCCUGUACCAGCGAAUAGAUACACGCCCCUGAAGGAGAACUGGAUGAAAAUUUUUACACCUAUUGUAGAACACUUGCAGCUUCAGAUUAGAUUUAACUUAAAAACAAGGAAUGUAGAGAUAAAGACUUGUAAAGAAACCAAGGACAUAAGUGCCUUGACAAAAGCAGCUGAUUUUGUGAAAGCUUUCAUCCUUGGAUUUCAAGUUGAGGAUGCCCUUGCACUCGUCAGAUUAGAUGAUCUUUUUCUAGAAUCCUUUGAAGUAACUGAUGUUAAACCUUUAAAAGGAGACCAUCUUUCUCGAGCAAUAGGAAGAAUUGCUGGCAAAGGCGGGAAAACAAAGUUCACUAUUGAAAAUGUUACUAGGACGCGAAUAGUUCUUGCAGACUCGAAGGUUCAUAUUUUAGGAUCUUUCCAGAACAUCAAAAUGGCGCGAACAGCCAUUUGCAACCUCAUCUUAGGAAGUCCUCCAUCAAAGGUUUACGGUAAUAUUAGAGCGGUGGCCAGCAGAGCAGCCGAGAGAUUUUAAGACGCGUCCUCCUCAACUGAAACGACAGGAUUUUCUUCUGCAUAAACGGCUUGUACACAGAAUCAUUAUUUUGGGAGCACCCGGAUAAUAUUCCCUUCUAAUACAGCUGAAGUAGAGGAGCAGAGCAGUAUGUUCAAGCAGACUAGAGGUUACAUAGACUGAGAAGGGAUGUCUGUCUAAUAAAGGAGAUCUCUUGA